AUGAGAUCAGUUCCAUAUGCAGCCCUGCCUCUUGUCGAUGCUGAAUUGAAGCACCUAGAGGAACUUGGAGUCCUGACACUUGUGUCCUACUCCACCUGGGCUGCUCCUAUUGUUGUGGUCAAGAAGCCGAAUGGUUCGUAUCUGCGCCGAUUGUCCCGUUGGUCUCAACGCCGUUCUAACGCCGAACUGCUAUCCACUGCUGGUCCCCGUUGA